CGGCUCUGGCGGAGCGCGGUGCCGGGGGUGUCCUGCGUGCGGAGUCGCGACCGAGAGCUAGCAGAGGUAUAAGGAAAUGCUAGAUCUAGUGAUAUCACCCAGUCUGACUGUAAAUAGAGAGUGCCCUGACAGACUGAAGCUUAACCUUUCUCACAUUUAUGCCACGGCUCCAGAUGACAUAGAAGGCAGCAGCAAAGCAGCACCACAGUGUCCUCUCCAUCUGUACACCACAAAACAUUAUCCCCAUAUAGUGACAGUCCCAUCUUUCCCAACAAUGGCAACGUACGGACAGACUCAGUACAGCACGGGAAUCCAGCAGGCUGCUGCAUACACUGCCUACCCUCCUCCAGGGCAGCCCUAUGGAAUUCCCUCCUACAGCAUUAAAACAGAGGACAGCCUGAGCCAUUCCCCAGGACAGAGUGGGUUCCUCAGCUAUGGAUCCAGUUUUGGUGCCCCAGCAGCAGGACAGGCCCCCUACACGUACCAGAUGCACGGCACAACAGGGAUUUACCAGGGAGCCAAUGGCCUGACAAAUUCUGCAGGAUUCAGUGCUGUGCAUCAGGAAUAUUCAUCCUAUCCAAGCUUUCCUCAGAGCCAGUACUCCCAGUAUUACAGCUCGUCCUACAACUCCCCCUACGUGUCUGCAAACAGCAUCAGCCCCUCGGCCAUCCCGACCUCCACCUACUCCCUGCAGGAAUCUUCCCACAACAUCACCAGUCAGAGCACAGAGUCCCUCUCUGGGGAAUAUUCAACAACACCAGCAAAAGAUGUAGAAACAGAGAGACAUCACAGAGGGUCAGAUGGCAAAGUACGAGCCCGGUCAAAAAGAAGCAACGAUCCUUCCCCUGCUGCUGACAGUGAGAUCGAGCGUGUGUUUGUGUGGGAUUUGGAUGAGACGAUAAUUAUUUUUCACUCCUUACUCACGGGAACCUUCGCGUCCAGAUAUGGGAAGGACACCACAACGUCUGUGAGGAUUGGUCUCAUGAUGGAAGAAAUGAUCUUCAACCUUGCAGAUACACAUCUGUUCUUUAAUGACCUGGAGGACUGUGACCAGAUCCACAUAGAUGAUGUAUCCUCAGAUGAUAACGGUCAGGAUCUAAGCACGUAUAACUUCUCUGCAGAUGGCUUCCACAGCUCCACUGCCAGUGCAAACCUGUGCCUGGGCUCGGGAGUCCACGGGGGAGUGGACUGGAUGAGGAAAUUGGCCUUUCGCUACCGUCGGGUGAAAGAGAUGUACAACACCUACAAAAACAACGUGGGGGGUUUAAUAGGAGCUCCUAAGAGGGAAACCUGGCUGCAGUUGAGAGCAGAACUGGAGGCGCUGACUGAUCUCUGGCUCACACACGCUCUGAAGGCGCUGAACUUGAUACAUUCCCGGCCCAACUCUGUGAAUGUGUUGGUCACCACAACUCAGCUUAUACCAGCUCUUGCUAAAGUGCUUCUCUAUGGACUGGGCACUGUCUUCCCCAUUGAAAACAUUUACAGUGCAACAAAAACAGGGAAAGAGAGCUGCUUUGAAAGGAUAAUGCAGAGGUUCGGAAGGAAAGCCGUGUACAUUGUAAUAGGAGAUGGUGUUGAAGAGGAACAAGGAGCAAAAAAGCACAACAUGCCAUUCUGGAGAAUCUCUUGUCACGCUGACCUGGAAGCUCUUCGGCACGCCUUGGAACUUGAAUAUUUGUAGCAGACCCCAACAUCUUAGCACUGGGAGGGCUUCACUCAGACUAUUACAGCGGUUCCACCUAUUCCUCAUCAUUUCCUCAGUAAAAAAAAAAAAAUCCCACAGCAACUGCAGUUUUUCUUUUUUUUGAAGGAGAACCCUUUCAGUGGAAGCCUUUAAGAACUUGCAGCCAAAGAACAUUGUCUCAAGUCCUCCUUCCUUUGGACAGAGGAAAAACCUUCUGAUCACUCGCUGGGAUGCUGCAGUUGCUGGCUAAGUUGGAGGCACAGAGCUCUAAUGGCCUUUUUGCCAUCAACAACAAAUGCGACAAGUCUGGGUGUCCCUGUCAGCUUUCUUGGUUUUGAAAGGGGAAGAGGACACAGCAAGGAGUCUCUGCACAGUCCAUCACAUCACACGGGACCUUCUGAAAAUAGGAGUGAAACUGUUGAUUUUUUUUUUUUUUUGCUAUUUUUUUAAUUUAUGAACUAAUCUCAUUACUCUGGUAUUAAGCUCUGUACCUGUGUUUUUAAUCUGGCUUUUCAGGGUGGGUGGGUGGGUGGGGAAAGUCUUACUGUUCUAAAUUAAUAGUUCAUUUCUCCAGAACAAACUCUGGGGAAGAAUCAUAUUGUGUACAUGAGUAGUCAGGACACAUGGUACUGUUGGUAAGAACUGUAGCUGUGUUUUUGAACCUUGCCAAGGUGGUAUGAGGACUGUGCACAUGUCUACACAGUGCCUUAUACUGCUGUCUUGGGGUGGGGGAAAAAGUACCUUGUGAUGAGUGAAAGGCAUUAAAUAAAAACAUGUUUACA